CCGGACAUUAGUCUUGUCAAUGCAAGUAGUUUUAGAACCAAACCAUGGCUUAAAAUAACUGCAAUUCCUUCAAUCGACACGGUGGGUACGCCAUUAAUUACGAUGCCAACAGCACGAGAAAGACGAAAGAUACUUYGCAAUAUUUCUGUGAAAGACCAAAUAGUGAAUAGUCUAGCUUCCGUUAAACAGCCAACUGAAGAAACCAAUCCUUCAACCUCAAAUCCUGACGAAUUUCCGAAGAUGGAUUCUAUCGAGCCCGAAGAAUCUACUAAUAACUUAAACGAUAUAAAUUUUGUAUGCCCGACAUGUAAAGAGUCAAAAGCUAGUUUAAAUCGYUUACAAGGAACUUUUAGAAAAGCCAAAGYAAGGAAUGCCCAAAUGAAACUGGMAGUUCGUGCUCUUAGACGUCAAAACAGACAACUUCAACAGGAUAUUCGAGUAUGCACCGAGUUAGAAGACGAAUGCUCCAAGGAAGACGCUCAAUCUGAGAGCGAGAGCGAACUAGAAGAACUAAGACACAGUUCAGAAGAUGAAGGGAGUUACUGUGAUAAUGAAGAUCCAGAAGAUCCAGAUUGGGAUGUGUUGGAAAAUGAAGCAGCAGAAAAUGAAUCAUCGGCAUGGAAUGAUGAGGACCAAAAUCCCAGUUCCCGAAAUAACAUAAGGGUGGACCCUGAAACUUCACAUGAAAGUGAACCAAAAUUCAUUGUGUUCUACAGUGCUUUAUUGACACUAUUCUCCCUAUUUUGUUUCAAAUGCAAGGAAAGCAAUCCCAAAGUUACGAUGGAUAAAAAUGGGACRAUGGKUACUGUAAGCCAGCAUUGUCAAAAUUGCACAGGAAACCCUUUUAAAUGGAGGAGCCAGCCAUUUGUACUGGGUAAAUACCCAGCAGGGAAUAUACUUCUGAGUUUUGCUGUACUAAUGGCUGGUGCCUCCAUCAGCAAGAUUCUUCUUGUAUUUAAACAUAUGGGACUGUCAGUCUAUGGAGCUAGGACUUACUUUUAUCAUCAAAACUGGUUUCUCUUUCCAGUGAUAUUACAUCAUUGGAAGGUGUAUACAACCAACAUGUUGGAAGGGUUAAAGUCAUGGAACUGUCUCUCUUGGUGUGGUGAUGGCAGAUUUGAUUCUAUGGGUCACUCGGCAAAGUUUGGGGUGUACACCAUGUUUUGUUCAUCCAUCAAAAAAAUUGUUCACUUUGAAUUGAUACAGGCUAAUGAAACAGAAAACAGCAAUGCUAUGGAGUUGGAAGGGGCGAAAAGAUGCUUCAAAUUUUUGUUGCCUAAGGUAAAAAUAUCCAAAUUUAUUUCUGACCGUCAUCGUGGGAUAGCCAGCUGGAUCAGAACCUCUCAUCAAGGAGUAAGGCAUUUCUUUGACAUAUGGCACAUCGCAAAGGCACUUACAAAGAAAAUGGUUAAAGCAAGUAAAGAAAAAGGAUGUGAGAUAAUAAGCCAGUGGAUAAAAGCAGUUCGCAAUCAUGUCUAUUGGUGUGCUACUUCAACAAAUGAAGGAUUCCAACAGCUUAUUCUAGCCAAGUGGCAGUCUUUCAUGAGACAUGUGUCAAAUAGGCAUGACAAACAUCCUGAUCCCUUGUACACUAAGUGUGACCAUGGCAGGUUGGAACCAYGCAAAUGGCUAAAAGAAGGUACCCGUGAAUAUGUUAAACUCCAUGAAAUACUCAACAAAACAAGAAUGUUAAAUGAUAUCAAAAUGCUUUCCUCUGAUGCACAAACUAGUUGCUUGGAGGGGUUCCACUCCACAUUAAAUCAAUGGCAUCCCAAGAUGAUUUGUUUCUCUUGGCUUGGAACAUAUUGCAGGUAAAAUUUUGAUACCAUGAUAUAUAUGUAAAUUGUAUACACCUACUUGCAAGAACGUUGUCAUAUGAAAAUUAGUAAUUUACAACAUUAGUGAUUUAGUGGGUUAGGAAAAAUAUUAUAUUAAAAAAACAAAAGAAGAUCACUGAAGCUAAACUUUUUCUUUUGUCUUUUAAUGUAUUCCUUUUUCACUAAAUUACUAAUGUUCUAUUCCUGUAUGACAACCUCCUGGCAGUUAGGUGUAUAUGUAUUAGAAACAUUGUGUCAUUCUGCCUUACAGGGUGMUGGUACUUGGAGAGCRGGACAGUUCACAGUAGGGAUGGGUGGUCGUUUCUUUAAAAAAAUGCUAAUAUAAAAAUGGGGGAUUUAUUACAACAUUAUAAAAUGGGGCCAAUACAGCAUUUUUUUGGUUGGGACAAUUCUGAAGAAACAACAUUUUUUUACUUACC